AUGCUGGCCAUCUCUCUCUUGCUGCUGGUGACGGCAGCCGGUGAAGCUGUGACCGAUAUUUACAUGACUGAAACAUCCGUUAAUCCCGGGCUUUCUUUCAGUGUCUCGUCGGUGUCCUCCCCAUCAGCUCCUCAGUAUCAUGCUGAAGAGUAUGCCGAGCCUGGGAUCGCUUUAGCAAGGUCAGCCGACACGCAUGAACCAGCUGCUGCCUCUGACUCCGGUGAAUCAUCUCAUCACGGAGGAGGGUAUAAGAUUGUACAAUGGGAAUGGAGUUAUGUGCAACCGCCAUACAUAAUAGCAAUAUGGCUCCUGGUGGCCAGUGUUGCCAAAAUACUGUUCCAGUUUUCCCAGCGAUACACUACUGCAGUUCCAGAGAGUUGCAUGCUCAUUCUACUGGGUCUUGUCCUGGGUGGCAUUGUCCUAAUGGCCAGCAAGAAGCCAUUGUACCAUCUGGAUCCCAGCCUCUUCUUCCUUUUUCUGCUGCCUACCAUUGUUGGAGAUGCUGGGUAUUUCAUGCCCAGCAGGCUUUUUUUUGACAACCUGGGUGCCAUUUUGAUGUACGCAGUGGUGGGCACCCUGUGGAAUGCCUUCUGCACGGGAUUCUGUCUGUAUGGGAUGAAGCUGGCUGGGGUUAUUGGUAAGAAGGUGGAGGCAGACAUGAUGGAGUUCCUUCUCUUUGGGGCUUUGAUCUCAGCAGUAGACCCUGUGGCUGUGCUGGCUGUGUUUGAGGAGAUCCAUGUCAAUGAGACACUUUUCAUCAUUGUGUUUGGGGAGUCAUUGCUCAAUGAUGCUGUCACAGUGGUGUUGUACAAGGUGUACAUCGCUUUUGUGGAAGUGGGACCAGGAAAUGUUCAGACAGCAGAUUAUUUUAAAGGAGUGGCCUCCUUCCUUAUUGUCAGUAUUGGGGGAACUCUGGUUGGGCUGAUCUUUGCUGUCAUCCUGGCGUUUAUCACACGAUUCACCAAAAGGGUUCGCAUCAUUGAGCCGCUCUUUGUGUUCCUCCUGGUCUAUCUGGCCUACCUGACAGCUGAGCUCUUCUCCCUAUCUGCCAUCCUUUCCAUGACCUUCUGUGGCAUAGGCUGCAACAAGUAUGUAGAGGCCAACAUUUCUCAGAAGUCACGCACUGCAGUGAAGUACACCAUGAAGACUCUAGCCAGCAUUGCAGAGACCAUCAUCUUCAUCUUCUUAGGAAUCUCUGCUGUGGACAAAUCCAAGUGGGCAUGGGACACGGGCCUGAUCUCUUGUACCCUCAUCUUCAUAUUAGUCUUUAGAGCCAUUGGGGUUGUAAUGCAAACCUGGGUGUUGAAUUGGUUCCGGCUAGUUCCACUUGACAAGAUUGAUCAGGUGGUGAUGUCGUACGGUGGUCUGAGGGGUGCAGUUGCAUUUGCAUUGGUGGUAUUACUUGACAAAGAUCAGGUGAAGGCAAAGGACUACUUUGUGGCAGCCACGAUUGUCGUCGUUUUCUUCACGGUUAUGUUCCAGGGCCUAACCAUAAAGCCUCUGGUGAAAUGGCUAAGGGUUCCACGUAGCACAAAUCGCAAGCCCACUCUCAAUGAAGAAAUUAACGAGAGGGCCUUUGACCACAUCCUGGCUGCAGUGGAGGACAUUGCCGGGCUGAAUGGUUACCACCACUGGAGAGACAAAUGGGAGCAGUUUGACAAGAACUAUCUGAGUAAGCUGUUAAUGCGGAAGUCUGUGUAUCACAAGGGAGAACUCUGGGAAGCGUAUCAGAAGAUCAAUAUCAGAGAUGCUAUAAGUUUCAUUGACCAGGGAGGCAACGUGCUCUCCUCUGGAAGGCUGUCUCUUCCAUCCAUGGCCAGCAGGACAUCCUUCCCAGAGGUCACCAAUGUCGCCAACUACCUGCGAGAAAAUGGGAGUGGAGUGUGCAUUGAUCUACAGGUGGUUGAUACAGUUCCAAGUGUGAAAGAAGAGGAGACAGAGACACACGAUGUCCUAAUGGGGAACCUGUACAAGCCUCGGCGAAGGCACGAGGGGCACUACAGCCGCCACUUCAUGACUGUGGGGGAUAAAGAGAGACAGGACAGGGAGGUGUUCCAGAGAAACAUGCGCCGCCGUCUUGAGUUCUUCAAGUCCACCCAUUAUAAGGCCAAGGGCCGCUACAGGAAGUCCCAGAAAAAGCGUAAAAGUUCAGAUGCAAGAGAAACAGAAUCCAGUGACAAACCAAGCAGAAACGUCAGUUGGCAGGACACAGUUCCUCUGGUUGCCGCUGUGGAUUCUGAGGAAGAGAAGACUCAGAAAUCAGAGGCCGAGAAGGAGGAUGACGUCGGAAUCACUUUUGUGGCCCGCAGGAAUGAGGAACCUCCAAAGGAGAGACCAAAAUCAGUCCCAGCAGCAUUAGAGUUGUGUCAGAUCUCCUCUAUCAUCCCCCCAUCCCUCACACAUGGAGAAAAACACCUUCCCUGGAAGGGGAGUGGAGCAACUUUUCCUGUCUGUGUCUCCAUGGAGACCACCAAAAUCAUCCCCAUUGACCUACAGCAGGCUUGGAACCAGAGCAUUUCCUCUCUGGAGAGCGUGACCUCUCCACAGGUAACAGCCCUCAGCACACAGGAGGGAGUCCAAGCAGGAGGAAGAGGAGGAGGCCCAGCUCGUGGAUCGACAUUCCUGUUCCCCCAUGGAGGACAGGGAGAGGGUGCCCAGCCCGUUAGGCUGCCACCACCUCCUCCUGCUCCUCCUGGUCCUCCAGCUCCUCCCGCACCUCCUGCUCAGAGUGCAGGGGAGAGAACCCCUUCUUCUGACAGGAAUCCCCAUGUUUAUCUGAGGAGUCUGGUCCCUUCGGCCCUUCCUGGCACUGGGCUACAGAGCAGGGGACCCACCCAGCUUUAG